AUGGAUGGGUCGCAACGAUCUGAACCCAGGCGCUCCCCUCCCUCCGACUCGCGCGAACCCGGGGUAAACUCCGGAACAACCCCAGAGAAGGUGGGAAAGGAGGACGUCAUGAUCACUUUAUCGCUCUCCCCCGAACCACCGGCACUUUCGCGGACUCGAUCUCCUUUGACCCGAUCGCAUCUUCGCUCGCGCUCACUGGCGGGAAUCCCCGGCAUGCCUUCGAUGACGCGCGCCUACUCGUCUCCAGGGCUGGACUCCCGGGGCCGGUAUAUCUUUGUGAAUGGCCGCGGCGGGUCGCCAGUCGAAAGCGCGAAACGACACUUGCCCCUGCAGAUGCGCGUCGACGAUCACCUCGAAACCCGAAUGAGCUCGCUCAACAUCUCCGAGACCAUUUCUGAGACCGCCGAACUCGAAACAGCCCCCAGGUCGCCCGUGCCGUCGCAACCUGGCUCCUCCUCGCCGAUCAUGAUGCCGCAGACGCUCCCCCGCGCCGGGCGCCUGCGCCCGACUUCCCCCUUCACCAGAAUCCCGUCAAUAUACAACGAGGCCUACCCGGUCCAUUCGGCCUCGUCGGCCUCAUCCGUCCCCUCCACUCCGACGAGUCUCCGCUCUCGCAGCCCCAGCAUUUCUUCUCUGGAAACCAUUCCCGAUAUCCCAGACGCCGAGGCCGAAGAGGUGGAAGAAGAUCGCAUCGCUGAAUUAAAGGCCGCGGCUGAUGCAGCCGAUGCGGCCAGCAACGCGAACCGACGACGCGGGGCUUCGGAUGUGUCUAGCCCGUCGAGUUCAUUCAACACCAUGCGUGGGGUGUCGGGCAUUUACGGACCCCGAAGCGACAAGCGCAAGCGAUGGAGUGUCUGUGGCGCCGAACGGCGACAGGAUCUCGACCUGGAAACCAUCUGGGAGGAUUGA